AUGAAAGUUGUCACAACUUCUAAACAUACAGCAGAUCUCAUCCUCUCCCACGGCUGCUUCAUUGACUACCAUCAUUUCAAGGCAGAAAAACCCUAUCGCAAGCCUCACCCACCCCAUACCUUUCCUAACCCAGCCCCCAUGCUCACGUUUCACAACACCCAGCAGAUAACCGCCGCCAACCAGAACUCUACCGCCCAUCCUAAAACAUCCGAUCAAGCUACUCAAACUUCACCCACUCCUGAAACACAAGAUACAUCUACUCAAACCGCCACUACCAGGAGGAAAAAAGGCACCCAGACACAGCCACCACUUACCAUCGACGCCUUUCAACAGACCAACAACACGCCUCCCAGCCCCAAACCACUUUCUACAUCAUCGACGUCUAACUCACCUCCCCCGAUCUCUACCUACCCGACGAACUUUUCUCAGCCUUCCGCUUUCUCACCAACGACACUGAGAACCCCACGCCUUUACCACUUGCCCGGAACCAGAUACUAUGCAAAUCCACGAUAA